AUGGGCGCGGGGCCCAGCUGCAACCACUGCACUCCUGGUCAGUUGGAUAUUGAAGCAGCUGCUGCUGCUGAAAAGUCCACAGUGGAAUAUGUGACUCAGUGCAGCGGUCAGACUGAUGCUGGAACAUCCGAUGCCGACAAGGGGAUGAACGAUGACAGCCGUAGUGACAGUCACAUGUCCGACCCCUCUCCACGCGUGCGCAUCAGCAAGAUCCUGGCGGUGACCAGCCCGGAGCUCAUGAAAGGUAUCUCGAUGAAGGAGACCCUGCAGAGAUGGGGACGCCUCUGGCGGCAAUCUCCGAUCGAUCUACCAGAGAAGGAGAGAGCUGCCCUGUGGACUUCUUCAAGACAGGUCGCUCACUUCGACAUGUUUCUGUCACACACAUGGGCUACAAGUGGCCGUUGGAAGUACUUGUCACUCAGUUUCCAGCAUGCCUGGCCCUACGUUCUGCUCACUUGGCUGCUCGCGAUGGUGGUUGUCGAGUUCUUGACUUGUCUAGACCUUGUGCCAGCGAUCAGCAGCGCCAGUUUCGACUACCAGGGCUUCAGGCAAGAGUGUCCUUUCAGCGGUCUUGGCCUCUUGGUAGCCAUGCCAGUGUCUCUCCUGGCGUUCUUCCUUGCUCCCUACUUUCCGGACAUCGGGGACAACAAGCAAUCUUGCUUCCUGGAUGUGGUCAGCAUCAACCAAGUUGACAAGGAGAUGAUGCGGCAGGGAAUAUAUGGGCUGGGUGGCUUCCUGGGCGCGUCCGAGGAGCUGAGGAUCCUAUAUUCUGCGCCCUACCUCACCAGGCUGUGGUGCGUGUUCGAACUGGCUGCCUUUCGAAUGGCCAACCCGUCCGGCAGGAUCCGGUUCGCCCCUUUGUUCGUGGAGAUCGGUGCAGCGUCAGCCUGGCUUGGUGGUACGGUGGCUGUUGUUGUCUACUACCUGGUGAGCGUUUGCACAGGAUUGGAGGCUCUGCCCACUUUAGUCUUUGCCGCGAUCCCCAUAUUCGUUGUCUUCCACCUGGCACGGACGAGCCUGUCCCAGAAGCGCCAGGUCUUCUACGACCUGGCCACGUUUGAGCUCUCGGCCGCGGAAUGUCGGAAGGCCAGCGACCAGGAGUUCAUCUACGCCGCCAUCGAGAACUGGUACGGAAGCCUAGAUGCCUUCACGGCCUAUGUUCGCGGCCCCCUCCGUGACGAACUGCUGGCAAACCACCUGGGCACCAGCCUUCCGUGGAACUACGCUAUGAUGAUUGCGACCCCCUGGAUUGCGCUAGGAGUGGACGCCUUGGCAGCCCAAGCGAGGGCCGGGGCUCCUCUGCACAACUUGGUGUCCUAUGGCUGUGGCGUGAGCCUUGGACUCUUUGGUUUCUGGUGGAUCGCAGUGGUGCAGUUUGCUAUGCUUCUGGCUGGCCGAUUCCCCAUGCCAAAAAGCAGCCUAUGGGGACUGGCACAGUCUUUGGUGCUUUACUUGCUCUGCAUCACAUUCAUCUUCUCCGGAGUCUACGUAGGACGUUGGGCAUACAAGGAGAAUGUUGCAGCAGCACUUGCAUGGUGUGCUGUAUCCGGCAUGCUCGCUUGGCUAACCACCGGUGGGCUGAAGGUCCCUCAGUGUGCCCUACGCCGCAGUUGA